AUGAAGGCGGCGGUCAUCUGCUUCCUGAUCGGCGUGGCCAGCUCCGUCGCGGGCACUGUGACCCUGAACAUUCCUGGUGUUGGUCUCGGAGUCUUCGCUCUGCUGUUCUCUGUGGGAAACCUCUGCAGCCUCCUCAGUGUGACGUUUCUGAUCGGACCAAAGAACCAGAUCCUGACCAUGUGUGCCAAAGAGAGAGCGUUCGCCACCUUCCUGCUUCUGUGGGACAACAGUGUGGCAUCAUUGGUUUUCUGCAUCCUCCAGUUUCUGGCGUUCCUCUGGUACCUGCUGUCCUACGUGCCCUACGCCAGGACCGGAGUGUCCAAAGCCUGCUCUUCCAUCUGCUGCUGA